AUGACGAUGACCCCGGGGGGUUCCGCCCGCACCCGACCAGAGCCCAGGAAGCUCGGGCCCCAGCGAGGAGAGGCGCUCCAAGCCUCCUCGCGGCUUUCAGAAUUCCCAGCCACGGUGAAGAAGAGGAUGCCUGAUGCGUGUACCCUGGGAAGGGCUGAAAUCAGUCUCCCCAAGAUGUGUCUUCACAUGGCUGUCGGGCAUUCGAAGGCUCAGAAAACAGCGCCGGAAAUUCUGCAACAGCGGCAGACGGCAGCGCCUCGGCAUCCCGGCGGCCCAGCCCUACUAGGGGAGCAUUGCGGCUGCUCCGAGGCAGGCAGCGCUUCCCUAGAACCGCUCAGCUGGCCCCGCGCCGCCGCUGGCUGCCUGAACCGGGUUCCUCGGUCCCCUUUCCUAAUGGGACCCCGAAACACCCGCCGGCUUCCCACUCCUGAGCGGGAGAGAAGAAUAGAGCCUGCGGCAACCCUCUCCUUGCAGGGAUGGCCUCUGCGGUGCUUGGACAACAAAGGAAAACUUCGCUGUGCCUAUUACUACAUCCCCAUACACUCCACGCCUCAACAACUGUGCGCACUCACUCCCUCCUGGCCCCUCACACGGCCCUUUGCACCCACACCUCAGGGACUCGGUGUCCCACCACUCAGGUCGUGUUACUCUGCCCACUUCUGCCUCCCUCCCUCUCAGUCAACUCCAAAUCCCCUCCAGUUUUCCUCUCUCUGACCCCCCCCAAAAACUUCUCUCCCAGUCACCAGCUACACAUACGAAUUCAGAUCCUGCACAUGUUGGUGGAAAACAUAUCAAGCCAAUGCCCAGAUCCUAAGCCUUUUCACACACUGCUCACCCUCCCAUCUCAUGACACAGAAGGACUUCUGGGCUCCAUGUUUACAAGCCUGACUCCCAGAAGCCUGUUGAUUUUCUGAUGUCCUUGGGCUGUGGUUGGGGUGACUGGGCUGCCACCUAGGUGUUUCCAUGAUGGGAUUGCCGCACAGACUGCAGAGAAGCUCAGGUGCACAGCACAUUCAAGAUGCACUGUAACAUGCACAGGCCACUCACACAGGCUUCAUCUCUGUCUGGCAGCUCUGCUGAGCUUGCUGCUCAGACCAGCAGGCUGCAGCAGCACACACUCACAUAGCACCAAGUCUGAAGCCAGUGGGUAUUAGUCUGAGAGAGUAGGGGAGUGGAGAAAGAGAUAUUGAGAAAGAGGACAGAGAAUCAACUUCCUUCUCUGGGGAAGAACUCUCACAUGAGAGCUGUUUUCUGUUGGUAAAUGUCUCAUUGAGCUCCCGUCUUUCUCCCCCAGAAGGGCUGAGAGGCAGCAGACCAGAGCUCUGGGCUCCUUCUUACCUUGCUGAUGUUGGGUUACGAGUCCACUAGCAUCAUUUUGUCCCCAGGAGUAUGUGCCCCACCUUUGAUCAGGCAGAAUGCAGGGCAGUUGUAGGCCUUUCUCAUGGUGGAGGCUAACUUGGAGAAAGGCAGAAGGGGUUGGGUCCUGGGCCAUAUGAGGCCUUCCUCCCUCCAAAGACCCCUGGGAUGCUCUCAGAGGCAGAUUCUAGGGUGGCGGGAGCUUCUGACAAGCUUCCUCUGAUAUUCCUCAUGACAUUCAUGGCCCAAAGCCAUUUUGUUCAGCUUUGAACAGUGAGUGCCUUUCCAGAAGGCCCCAGACUUGCUUAGGAACAUGAUGUGCUCUUAAAAGUUGCUUUGUUGCCUUUCUCCACAGCCAGACUGUAAGCCUUUAUGGGCAGAGAUUCUGCCCUCCACUUCUCACUCAGUGCUUCCCACCAGGAUGGGCUUAAUGCCUUCUAAUAGAAUUAGAAAAUGGCUCUGCUCAACAGAAUUGGAAAAUGCCACUUUCCUUAUAAUGAAGUUAGAAUUUCCAAGAAAGGGAUUGUAGCCAAGGAAGAGUGGUUUGACUGUUUAAAGGCAGCUCAGGAUCUGAGAGUUCUCUGUCAUUUGGGGCUACUUGCUCAUUAUAGCUGCAUGACUAUGGUGUUGGUUAGGCA